UUCUUUUCUUUUCAUAAUUUUCCUCCAAUUUCUCGAGAAAAUUUCUAAUCCUAAUCUACUUAUCUUUAUUACACGCCGAUGGCCACGGGCCGACCCUCCAUCCCUCCCGAUUCGGACGAUGGAAUUGGCUCAAUUAACAGCACCAUUACAAGACUUCUCAGCUUUCAUUCCAUCCGUGACCGUUUACGCUUCAAGAGAAACCCUAACUACAGUCAGACGAAGGGCCAGAUAAAGCCGUCUCUCCACCGCUACUGGCUCCACCAUUUGUUGCGGAAGAUCAUACAGUUUUGAAGUUUUUGACUAUUUAUCUAAAAAUGAAUACUUUGCUUCCUGUUAUUUAGGUAAAAUAGUUCUAUGCGUCAUGUUGUGUACAAUCUGCCAAUUUGAAUGGAAAAACUACUUCUAUGCAUUACGUUUUAAUGCAACAUAUCAAUUUGGAAACCGGUUUUGCACUUUUGUUAAUGAGCAUCACAGCUCGGGGCAAUAUACUGUAGGAGAUGCUUAAAAAAUGAUGAGUUUCAUCCAUGUACUUGACGGGGUUGAACUGCAUCCACCAGUAUCUGAUGUUUCAUGCAGCGGUCUUGCUGCCAGGCUUGAAAAGUGCAGGAUGUUAACUGAAAUUGCUGGAAAUUACUUAGAUGAAGGGGCAAAUCCUUUCCAUGGAGUUGAGGCAUGCAAUGAAGCUUUGGAAGGGCAUGGUAGUGAAAUUGGAUCCAUGUUGAGGCAUGAAUGUCUUUGCACACGAGCUGCCUUAUUGCUUAAGAUUGUUAUUGCUGGAGAUUAUUGUGCAGUGCCUCCACCUCAAGGCAUAGCUGGAUGAAGUGGUUUGGCAGGCCCUAUUCUUGUUCACAAGGUUCUCUGUUUCUUCCUUUUCCUCCUUACAUAUAUGCAUGUAGGGGCCUUUCUUGCAUAUGCACUUACAUGCUCACGCUUUAGGCCUUUUCGACUAUUACUUAUUCCAGUGAAAAUUUAUCUUUGUAUUGGUUGAUUUAAUUUUUUAUGUCUUUAUCCUUUCAAAUAUGUCUGAACUGCUCUUACACUAAAUUUAGUUCUGAUUAUGCAAGUGGAGUUGGA